GGUAACAUGUUAAUUAUUCUUUUUGUUUUUUGAAAAAAGAAAUAAUUUUUGGCCGCAAUAAAAAAAUCUUCUCCGAGAAUUCAUACCGAUGUCUCAGGAACCGGAAAACAACAUUUCUCUCUCGUCACCUAAAACUAUAUUUUAAAGAAAAUACACUGUUGUCUACUGGAGGAUGCUAUAAGCCCAUAAGGAAUUGCUUGUAAAUUUCUUAAAGAUUAACCUUGGGCACUUUUAACACAAUGAAAAGCAUGUAUCGCAGUGGUGUUUUCAAGAAAUCAAAUGGUAGUGCAAAAUUAAUAAUAACUACAAUCAUGGGAGUUGUGUUUGGAUAUUUCAUUGGGGUUUCUUUUCCAUCUGUUUCUCUAACCAAGGUUAUCAUACCUUCAAGCAUUUAUUCACCAUUUGAUGUGACAAUGCGUGAAGAUCAAUCUAAAUCUCUUGAACGCAGCUUCCCUGAAAAUCUUGGUUCUGGUAAUACACCUGCAACUCCCAAGAUCUAUGUUCCAUCAAACCCCCGUGGUGCUGAGUCAUUGCCUCCUGGAAUUGUAGUCCCAGAAACUGACUUAUAUCUGAGAAGAUUAUGGGGUGAACCUAGUGAGGAUUUGAAAAAGAAGCCAAAGUAUUUGGUAACUUUCACUGUUGGUUGGGGUCAGAGGGAUAAUAUUGACAAAUCAAUAAAAAAGUUUUCUGGGGACUUCCAAAUCUUGCUUUUUCACUAUGAUGGUCUAGUUACAGAGUGGGAUCAAUACGAGUGGUCAAAGCAGGCAAUACAUAUUAGUGUAAAGAAACAAACCAAAUGGUGGUAUGCAAAGAGGUUUUUGCAUCCGGAUAUUGUAGCAGCAUAUGAGUAUAUUUUCAUUUGGGAUGAAGAUCUUGGUGUUGAACACUUCAAUGCCGACAAGUAUAUCCAUUUAGUGAAGAAACACGGUUUGGAUAUUUCCCAACCUGGUCUUGAACCCAAUAAUGGAUUAACUUGGCAAAUGACAAAGAGGAGAGGCGACAAAGAAGUUCACAAGGAUACAGAAGAGAAACCGGGGUGGUGCAGUGAUCCCCAUUUGCCUCCAUGUGCAGCAUUUGUAGAGAUUAUGGCUCCUGUAUUCUCUCGGGAAGCUUGGAGGUGCGUGUGGCAUAUGAUUCAGAAUGAUUUGGUGCACGGAUGGGGUUUGGAUUUUGCACUUCGACGAUGUGUAAAGCCUGCACACGAAAAAAUCGGGGUAGUUGAUUCACAGUGGAUCAUUCAUCAAGUCGUCCCCUCACUCGGGAGCCAGGGUAAGUCUGAGAAUGGUGAAGCUCCAUGGAAGGGGCUUACUUCAAACAGACUGGAAGAGACUAAAAUCAUCUUGCUGCAUACACACACACACACACACACGGAUCCAUACUUUGUACCUUAG